AUGGCAACUUCAAUUGAUCAAACUAGCUCCAAGUCAUUGCAUCUUAAUCACGUAAUCACACUCGUUUUCUUAGCUUUCCUUCUGCUCAUUAACCCUACAAGUCUCAUGACUCAUCCCAUCCAUGAAUCCUCAUCUAAGAACACUAUGGCUUCUUCCAAGAGGUUCCUUCUAGAACCUUCCAGUCCAUCUUCAUCGACUAUGAAUUUGCAUCCAACAGCUCAACUGCGACGUAGUCACACCGCUUCUUCUUCUGCGUGGAAGAGCAGGAGGACAAAAUUCGGAGCUCAAGCUCAUGCGGUUCCAAGUGGUCCAAACCCUAUCUCCAACUAG